AUGUUGCGGGGACUGUGUGUCAGUGAUGCAGCACCAGCCUGCCCGGAUCAUACUACAGCUGCAGUUCGAUCCCCUGUCAAGUGUCCACAAUUGGAUGACACUGACGUGGUUGUACAUUCCGGCCAGAAUAAGAGCAUCAGUGUACGUGUGGCGGACAUUCAGCCAGACAAUAUGGACAAUGUCCUCUGCCUGUUUACGUACAGCUGGGAAGUGAAGUACUCCACAUGGAAAAUCACGUCCUCCAACCUCGAGUGUGAGGCUCUCCAGUUUGAGUUCUCUGACGUCGCGUUGCCCAUAGUAACCGCUCAGUUCACCGUUACGAGUGGGAAGAACAGCGUUCCAUUGGAUAAUCCACAAAAUAUCAAAGUCCGCAUCUACAAGUGUGGAACCAUGGUAACCAACUGCGGUCAGUGCCUUAGUAUGGACCCGGAAUACGAGUGUGGAGAUGAUGCCAAUGAUUCACCAUUAGAAGACAUGACGGUAACGGUGGCCCAGAACUCUGCUCAACUAGAGUUCUAG